GGUUAGGUAAGGUAUGUUGUAUGUACAUUUGCUUCCCUCCUUCCUACCGACGGACAAUUAAUCGUCGCCCAACUUUUUGUCCUACAGUAAGUACCAGAGUACCCGGCUCGACCCUGAUUAAUUCGUUCCCACUUACCAUUUUUACCUGCAAUCCCACCCCCUACCAUCUACCUAAAUACCUAAAUAAUAUCUACACGCACAUAAUCCCACCUAUCCUAUCCAACCUACAUCACUCUCCCCACCGCCCUCACCAUUAUAAGCAAAGCUUAUCACUAUAUUUGAUAACUACCACUACUACCAACUACUACCAACAAACACCAAUCGAACCAGAUUUAAAACCUGUAUUUGGUUACGGAUUUCCAGUCGAAUAUAAUAGAAAUCAACCAGCCUUAUUUAGGUGUAUUUACGUUGUGAAUAACUUGGACUUAAGGAUACCUGCCAGUGCCAACAAACAUCACUCACUAUCCACUCUUCGAAACGGCAACUUUUUCUUUUUUUUUUUCUGCUUUCUCCAUUUCUCCCCAUUCCUCGUUGAUCACCGUUUACUCUUUCCACCCUCAAUUCCAAGAGGCUGAACGUGAAAAUCUUGGUUGUCAAUUUGUUCAAGUCUAUGGUUGGUAGUUGGCGAAUAGGUCCAAGGCGAUUACUACUACUAAAGUGCCUCCAAUCUUGAUCUAAUUCGGACCCGAGUCCAACAUACCAAUUUUUUCUGAUUCUAGCAAACAA